UAUUGAAAUUCUGUUCUCACUUUACACAUUCUAUAUGAUCUGUAUUGAGGUCUACCUUUUUUAUUUUAAAACUUUAUAAGGCAAUAUUUAAGUUUAAUUAGUAUAUGGGGAAUUAUUUGUGAUUAAGAGUUCCAUAGUUUCGUAUAUGUAUUUUUUACAACAUUAUUUAACAGCCUUAAUGUUGUUUUUUAACAUAAAUAGUUUCAAGAUGAAUACAUUGUUUAAUGUUAUGUUCACUAAUUUGAUUAUUGGACUGAUCGUUCUGACUGUGAAUUGUCAAAGACGGUGCGACCAGAUUGACCUAUGUUCCUGCAAAAUGGACGAUGGAAGUAUAUUGGAUCUAACAAGUUUAGGUAAUACAGAUAACACACCAAGGUUCAAGGACGUUCAGUGUGCAGCAGAAAUGAACUUCUAUUCUUUCAACCCCUGUCAACCAUUCACUGAAAAGAGUUGUACGGACGCUGCCGUGUGCAUAUUAAACUCUGACCUCACCGAGUCCAUCUCCAUUGGCGACGCAGCGAAGGCUGCAUUCCAGUACAACCAAGAACAACAGGCCGUCAUUGUAGCCUACACUUCCGGUACCAUCGUAGACCUUAAGUUAUCAGAGAUCGUUUUGAAAUGUGACGAAAGCGCUUGUACACCAAGCAUCGUGGCAAACGGACAACAGUCCGCUGGAGACUUUCAAUUGACAUUGACCACAGUUUGUGCAUGCCCAAACGGAUGUGACGCAAAAGGACCGAAAAGAUGCAAAUAUUCUGGUGCUGGAAGUUUAUCUGCAGGCUCUUAUUUAUGCAUCAUUUUCUUCAGCGUGAUUAUCUUAUAUCUGAUCGGUGGACUGAUCUUUAUGAAGUUCGUACGCAAGAAGGACGGCAUUGAGAUAUUCCCUCACAUCACGUUCUGGCGUUCCGUUCCUGUGCUCGUUCAGUCCGGAGCAAAGUUUACCGUCAGCAAAGUGACCCGGAAAGAAGCGACCUAUAACACAAUUUAGAAACUCUCUUCGAUAAAAUUUCCGGAAACAAUUGAAUUGUAUCGAAACGUCUCGGGUGUAAACUGUUUUUGUAAAAUAAAAAAGACAGUGUAAUGUAUACUGUUUUCGGGUGCACAUAAUUAUUAUUGUGUCGACGUCCAACAGAAAAGUUUAAUAGCUCUCUAAACAUAUGCUGUAUCUCUUUAAAAAUAAAGCACCCGAUAUUCUCUUUAAUGGUUUAUAUAUUUAAACUAGGGCACCUUUUUAAGCAAAAGGUUGGGGCUAUACAAGAAUAAAAUCGUCUUUAACUUAGUCACACAAUAUUACGCUCUCUUACUUAUCCAAACAAUGACGGGUUUCGAAAUAACUUGACACAUAUAUGAACCUAAAUGAGUUGUCGUUUUACGCCAAAGACCCGCUUCUACAUGCACAGCUUGCAUUCGAAGUUCAGUAUGGAACCUUUUUCUCCAAUAACGAUUUUGUCAGGCUUUUAAUGAUCCCUUAAUAAUUUGGUACUCAUGCUAUCAUGAGACAGUACGUCAUGCGCAAGACUCCAAGGUCAAGGUCAUACUUGGGGAUCAAGUUCGAAAUUAAGCGUUUUUGUCGAUUUCCAAUAAAUGUGAAGGUAUUUAUCACAUUAAGUUCAAACUACAGAUUGACACCCAGAUUGGAUUACGUUUCUUUGGAUACUAAGACUAGAAAUACAUGUACACACAUGACAUGCGCAGAUUUUUUUUUAUCUAUCGACCGUUGUCUCUUCACUAAGGCUAUUCUGAAAAAAUGUUCUGCGGCUAAAAUAUAUAAUUCUCAUUAUGACUGCAAAGUAAGAGUUUAUGGACUGAUGUUAAGUUUGAAUAAAAUAUCGUAACUA